AUGGCUGAGGCAGAAGAAUUACGCCACCCCGGCCGCGCCGCAACCGACGCAAAGGCGGAGACUGUUAUGAGAGGCUUGCUCGCGUCUUACUCGUAUCGCACUCCGACCGCGACUCCCGGCCCUCAGGCGCUUCCCCGUCGUUCGCCACGCAACCUCACGAAUAUGUCCACGGCGAAACGGUCCGAUACUCCUGCGAAGCUUGAGCCUGGGAUAGUGACACUCCCCAUUACGCCUGUGUCCCUCGCAAAGAGACGCGUCACUCCCACUUCGUCAAGCCGGAAGCGCAAACAUGAAGCAGUCGACGACGACUACCUACCCUUGCCUCCGCCACUAAAACGGCACCCUUCGGCACCCAGCUCAAGAAGCAAGGCUCAGAAGAAGCAGAAGCGCGGGUAUGCGGCUCCUGAGACAUACGCGCACCUCAACGGCCUGCCUGAUCAUCUCGGUUUCGAGCUGGAUGUCCUAUUCUGCGGUAUCAACCCUGGUUAUAAGUCCGCUGAGUCGGGCGCACACUACGCUCAUCCAGCGAACCACUUCUGGAGGUGUCUACAUCAAGGCGGCUUUACUCCGACACGGAUAUCACCAUCGGACGGCUAUCUUCUCCCCGAGAAGUAUAACAUUGGUCUUACGAAUAUAGUGGAGCGACCGUCUGCUGAGGCCAAAGAACUAUCGAAGGCUGAGAUCGAAGCGUCGGUACAAGCUUUGCUUGAUAAAGUCCGAUGUCACCGUCCGCGAGUGGUGUGCUUCGUCGGAAAACUCGUCUGGGACGCAGUCGUGCGAGUUUUGGCCAAGCUUACGCCUGAAAAGCCGACGAUUGUACCUAAGAAAGGCAAGAGUGCGAAAACGUCUAGUCCUUUCAUAUACGAGCAUCUUCAACCUUACAAGCUGGUCCAUACCGGAGGUCCGGUUACGGAGACACUCUUCUUCGUUGUUCCCAGUACAUCCGGUAGGGUGGUCAGCCAUCAGCUCAACGAUAAGAUUGUACUGUUCCUUAAGCUCAAGGAGAUUGUCGGGGAAUUGCAGAAUGGCGCAUGCGAUACAUCUGCGUUCGCUGCUCUGGACGUUUCAACAUUCCAACUACCAGGCGGUCUUGCUGCGAGUGGCGAUUCUACCAUCCAUCCCUGA